AUGGACGAAGACGUCUUCUCGUCUCCUGCUCUGGAGGCGGCCGACGCCCGUACCCACUCGUGCAGUCUCUCUCCAAGCUUCUCUUCUCGCUCGUCCUCGCGUGCUUCCUCGAUUUCUUCUUGCUCCUCUCCUUCGAGACCUGCUUCACGCGAGGGCUGUCCAGCUCCUGCAGAGGCUGCCGAGCUGGAUGUACACCCGAACGAGAAGGAAGGAGGCGACGGCGGCCUCGCGUUUCUUCUGGAGGCCUCGCCCUGCGCCUCUUCUCCCUCAGUUUCAGUUCUUUCUGUCUCGCCGCACAAUGCGCCUACCGGUCGCGGUCGACGGAGCGCUGGACAGGGUCCGCGGGCGCGAAGCCGACGUGCGAGCGAGGACUUCUCAUCUCCUCUUCUCUCCUCGUCGUCUCCCUCGGGAUCCUCUCACUCAGUUCCUUCCUCCUUCUCUCUCAGCAGUUCGCCGCAGCAACUCUUUGAAAAUGCGGCAUCCCGCUACCGCCUUCUUCAACUCAUUGAGGAGUUCUAUGGAUUUCAGCAAACCCUCGAAUCCCUCAAACAGUUUUAUCUGAUGCGAACGCGGGCUUUGGAGGAGCGCUUGGCGGCGGAGGUCGAGGCGAGACAGACGUCGGAGUUGAGAGCCGUCUUUGCGUCGGACAGGACUUUGUUUCUGCAGGAGCAGCUGGGUCGCGUGACGGAGAAGCUUCGGGGCGACAUCCAGAGGAGAGACGAACUUGUCCAGAUCCUCGAGUUGAAUCUGCAGCACCUCCAGGAACAACUAACUCUGCGCGAGAGACAAAUCCAAGCCCUCGCACGCGCAGAAGCCGAGCAGCGCGAGCAGAUCCAGCGCCUUCUCCACCAGGCGCAAGAGAGACAGAGGGAGGCAUCGAGGAACAUCGAAGACGCCGACGAAGUCGAGAAAAAAGGGAACAAAGCAGUAAAAGAGAAGGAACGGGUCGAAGAAAGCGAAGCAAACGAAGAAACCGGAGAGAACGAAGAAACCGGAGAGAGCGUCGAGACCGAAGAGAGCGAAGAAAGCGAAGCAGGUGCAGACGGCGAGACUCGCGGAGUGGAGCGAGGCGCCCAGCGAGAAGAGAACAGGAAGGCGAAUGAAGGGAAGGAGCCAGCAGACGACAAGGAAGAGCCUUCGAAAGACGCUAGCGAAAGCGAAGGGAACCAGAGGCUUCAGGAGAGACCUUCACGUGACGACAAGCCCGUGGGCUCGACGCUUGUGGGGGCGCCUUCCUUCGCUUCAGCACUGUCGUCUCUCGCACUGCUUCCCGGCUUCGCUUCCUCUCCCUUUCCUGUGAUCUCGAGCAAGGAAGGAUCGUCUUCGCCUUCUUCUCCCUCGCCUUCCUCGAUAGGUUCGGUUCCUCCCCCGUCGUCGCCGAGCGGCGAGGAGACGCGCGACAGAAGCCGCGCGCCAGAGGGCCUUCUUUCUCCUCUGGCCUCACCCCACAGUCGGGCGCAGUCGGCGCCUUCGACACUCUCGCCUGCCGCUUCCGCGGCUGUCUUGGCUCUCCGAGAGAGACAGCUGGAGCGCGUGGCCGGCCAGCUGGACUCUCUCAAUUCUCUCUGCAUGCAACAGGGCGAGGAACUUCAGAAGGCCCUCACAGAUUUAGAGAGAGAACGCAGACGCCGCGAAGCUGCUCAGCGCGAGGCCAACCGAGAACGCAGACGCAAGGAGGAGGCGCUCGCGCAAAUUCGACAAAGCGAGAAAUCUCUCCAGUACCGCGCGACUCUGAGCAGCAGCAGCGUCCCCGUUUUGAUUCCUCUGCCCGCCUCUGGUUCCGCCGCCUCGCCUCUCGCCUCCGCGUUGGGCGCCAGUGCCCCGCCUCAGCUGCGGCUUCCACCCAGCGAGUUUUUUGCGGAUUUGAAGGCCGAGGUCGACGAGCUUCUAACGCUGAUGCGCAUGCAGCAAACUUGCCCGCCGGGCGCAGAGCAACGAGACUCGUGCGGGACUCCAGAGGAGCUAGCGAGCGCCCAGGCUGCUCAGGCCGACGUGGCUGAAGAUCGGGAGGGAGGCGACAGACAAAGGUCGAGAGGGACGGCAGGGCCGGGGGAGAGAUCCAGGCGCGAGGAGUCGCAUGAAGUUUGCGGUAAUUCCUCGCAUGCGAACCGUCGUGUUCUGCGGUCUGUCCCGGCCGAGAAAGGUGAGUCAGAGGACGAGGAGCCGAAGUGGGAAGACAGCCGAAAGGAAGACGCAGAGCAACAAACAGACGGUCGAAGUGUACGUACACCUGGCGGGCGAAGACCCAGACAUGCGACGCGGACGCCCAGCGACGGAGAACGAAGACGGAGUAGAGUGGAGGCGAGAGGCGGCGAGACGGGGAAUGGGGAAUUCGAAUCAGAGGACCAUGGGCGAAGAAAAAGAGAAGAGUCGCAGGCUGUCUCUUCAGAACGCGCGUCGCCUGGGCUGUCGACGAACGACUCUCAAGACCUCAAGGAAACAGAGAGGGAGAAGAUGGAGAAGCGCGGCGCGCAUACAGCGACGGGUGGCCACACAGAGAAGCCUGGGAAGAGUCGCGCCAGCUCCACGCCUUCAGGCUCCACCAACAGCGCCCUGGCGCUCGUCCAGCACGCGCGAGACUCGGUUAUGAAGGCCUUGUUUCCUCUCCAGGCGUCUCUCGCCUCCCUCGACGGCGCCCAAGAAGGGUCGCAGGCGCUGCAGGUCGUCGAGGCGCCGGGAACCCGCGGCAUGAGGCCGCCGACCGCGCGCGCAGACUGGGAGGGGCUCCGGACGAACUCUGAGCGGCGCUCGAGCUUUUCAGACGAAUCGAGGGGAACUUCCAGGGGGGCGAGAGAUGGACGAGGAGAAGAAGCAAGAAGGCGCUGGAGAGAGGCGCGCGAGGAGCCGAUAAGAGGAAGCGAGGAACGCAAGAGGACUUCGGAAGCAGGCCAAGGAGAGAUACGCGGUUCGCCACCUCGCCAUUGGCUGGAAAAGAAGAGAGAAGGCCACCUGCAUGUGCCGAGACUCGACUGGGAUUCGCGCAUGCACGUGGAAAUGCCGAAGAGGUUUUCCAUGUUUAAAGAAGCCGGGAAGAGAGAGCGGCAUUGCUUCGGCCCAGAAAUCCCCCGGGAGACACUCGCGCGUCUGAGCCAACAUGAGGACUGCGGAGCUCUCCUGUCGUUCCUUCUCUCUGCAGCAAUGGUGUUGGAGGGGCGUCUUUGGUCAGCGUCUGGGACUUCUUUCCCCGACCCAAUUCUCCCGCAUGCAGUCCCGGCUUCGUCUCUACCUUCCGUGCUGGCCUUUCCGCUCGCGGCGGCUUCCGCGGGAACGGAAGGGGACUCAGAACAGACGCGUCGGGAGUGUGCUUUGGCCGAGACCGCACCUGAGAGCUACGUCGCGAAAGGGCAGGUGAAGAGGAGAUCUUUGGAGUGGAGACACCCGCGUGCAGAGGCGAGACAGGAGGGACAUCUGCCGGAUCUCCAGACACAUAGGAGCCAGUGUGGCGAGCCUCUCUGCUUCGUGAGGGACCGUCGAGCCGAAGGUGUGUUUUCGUCUGGGGGCGCGUCCGUCUUUCUUUUCGAUCGUGGUGGGGUAGGGGAUCCACGCGCAGCUUGUGCGGAUGCCUCAGCUCCACCGUCCAGCCCAUCCGUCGCGUCUCCGUCACUGGCAUGCGCCCAGCCUCUGUCGACGAACCGCUGCUUUGCAUCUUCUCCACUUUCUUCUUUUUCAGUCUCUCCUACCUUUCUGCCUUCGUCGCUCUCUCCUCCCUCUCUUGUCUCUCUGUCCUUCUCCUCCCCAUCUGUUUCUCCGUCCCUUCCGUCAGACCCUCUGGCGCUCGUGCCGUCUGCUUCAUCGGGUGUUUCUGACCUUUCUCUCCCUGAAAUUCGCGAUAGAAUCUGUCGGCCUUCUCAGCCUCUUUUAGCUUCGUUGAGGGAAUGCAGGGGUCGCCUGUCUCGAGGUGCAGGUUGUGCAUUGUCUUGCAGCUCAUCGUGGCCGGGAGGAUUCCCUUUAUUUUUUCCUUCAGUCCAGCUUUCUCUGCACCUGUUUCCUCGUGUGUCGCUCGCCUUCGACUCUUCUUCGUCCUGUCGCCUCGCUGCUUCUCUUGCCACCGUCUCUCCCUCCAUUUCGUUCCCGUCGUCAGCUCUCUUGCACGCGAUGCGGAGAACUCCGCUCACGUCCACGCCUUUCAGAUUCGCCUCUGCUCAGAGGCGCCGGCUUCUCUUUGAAGGGGAUCAAGUGUCCUCCAGAAGUGGAAUACACGGCGAACCAUCGCUGCGUUUCCCAUCCCGAUGUCUUGCCUUUUUAGACAGAGGAGCGACUCCUCAGCGGAUUCACCGAGACGUGACUUUUUCGUGUUCACGCAACGGUGCAGGUGGUUCUGGGUCUGCCAAUCUGUGUCCACUUUUUCCGCGACUUUCGCAUUUUCUAGAGAAAAGCCGGUCUUACACGAAUUGUGAUGCCAGCGAUGGAGACGGGAAGCCUCUCCCAGAUUCACACGGGGCAUACCGUUUCUCCGCGUCUGAGUGUAUGGAGAACGAGACAGACACCACCGCAGCAGGCACUCGCUGCAACUUCCAGUCGUAUCCAUGUGUUUUCGCACGCCGCGCUCACGCGAAAACGCAGGUUGCCUGGCGCGUUCCUGCAGGCGCCUUGGAUCGCAUAUGUGUGGAGUCACGCGACUUAGGCAACAACGUUCCUAAAGGUAUUUCUCGUUUUUACCCAUCUGAGUUCCCGAGCCAAUGUGCCGGAAGUGUUUCUGCAUCUGCGGGGUUCCUGGAACAUCUCAGGUUUGUCUCCCCUGUGCACUUGAUACGUGCGGUGGGUGUUGGCGACAGCUCGCAUGGGGCAUUGCAGACAUGGCGGGCAGGUCAGUGCACAGGGAACUGGGGGAAAGGGGGUUUACAGAAGUGCGAAUGUCCAAGACACUGCGAGUGCACGUGUUGCGAAGCAGAGAAACAAACAAAGAGAACGGGGGGACGGCUGGUUUCGGCGCUACAAAGCCCCGUUCCACUUUCCCCUUUGUCUGCCGAAGGCUUGUCAGGUGGAGGUACACCCGAGGCGUGCGACUGGAGCUGGCGGGUUUCCUGGCUUUUGCACAGGGAGGGGUUGUUCGAACUUGCCGGUUUUUUUGAGGAUCUGCAAACCUUAGAAGCGACUCUGGAAGCUGACAUUGUGGUCGCUAUCGAAGAGGGCGCCGAAGCAGCCGGGGAGUGAACGCUGAGGAGAAAGGCACAAAACGAACUGGAUUUUGUGUAGCGAUCGCAGAGCGAAUCUGUUUACCUUGUUUCGUCUCUUCGCCUUUUGGAGAGGAAGACGGCUGUUCUGGGG